AUGAAGAUCAUCAGGUUUCCUUGGCUUACUCACCAGGAAGAACUCAGGAAAUAUGAAGUUUAUACAGUGGAUGUUAGCCCCGAUGGGAAGCGAGUUGCGACUGGUGGUCUAGAUGGGAAAGUACGCAUAUGGUCAGUGGAUAAUCUAAUUAAGGCAGCCAACGAAAGUGGCUCUAAGAAAGUUGUGGAUGAAGAGCUAAGAAGACCAUUGGUCAGUAUGAGUAGGCAUACGGGAUCUGUCACUUGUUUGAAGUUCUCUCCAGAUGGGAAAUACCUCGCCAGUGGAUCGGACGAUCGUAUAUUGCUGAUAUGGGCGAAGGAGGAGGAACAACGUGCGGAGCCAGUAUUUGGAUCUGAAUUUGAUAAAGAGCACUGGACAGUGCGUCGGAGACUGGUAGCUCAUGACAACGAUAUCCAGGAUAUAUGCUGGGCUCCGGACUCUAGUAUUUUAGUCAGUGUUGGGUUGGAUCGAUCGAUUAUAGUUUGGAAUGGCUUAACUUUUGAGAAGAUCAAAAGAUUUGAUGUGCAUCAAUCUUUGGUCAAAGGAGUCGUGUUCGAUCCAGCAAACAAAUACUUUGCGACAGCAUCUGAUGAUAGAACACUGAAAAUAUUCAGAUAUCACAAGAGCAGUGAUAUUGCUAUUACUAUAGAACAUAUUAUAACGGAGCCUUUUAAGGGAUCGCCACUGACCACGUACUUCAGAAGGCUUGCUUGGUCUCCAGAUGGACAACAUAUCGCUGCUCCCAAUGCUACUAAUGGUCCGGUGAGCUCUGUAGCGAUCGUAAACCGAGGUACAUGGGACACAGACAUUAGUCUCAUCGGUCACGAUGCUCCGACUGAAGUCACCAGCUUCAAUCCACGGCUAUUCGAACUUCAGCGUGAUGCUAAAGUUGAAGACCAAAACCAGGAGGAGGACUUAGAGAAAAAAGAAGACGGACAGUGGAGAAAGAAGUGGAAUCAGUUCGUUGCGACAGCAGGUCAGGAUAAAUCCUUAGCUGUUUGGAGUACAAGUAGGGUGAGGCCUAUAUUUGUAGCCUAUGAUUUAACGACCGCUUCUAUUACAGAUUUGGCAUGGAAUCCAGAGGGCAAUAUGCUGUUUGUAACUUCGCUUGACUGCUCGAUCACACUUAUCAGCUUCAAAGAAAACGAACUGGGGAAUGCGAUACCGUUAGAGAGAAAUAUAGAACACUUACACAGAUAUGGGGUCGACAAGGACUCAUUGGACUUUCCGGAGGAUAUUAGUCAAAUAAUACUUGAGGAUGAGGCUAGAAAACUAAAGAAACAGAGAACUCCAAAAUAUAGUACAGAAUUAUUAGAAUCACGAAUUACUGCUGAGGAGAAUACUAAAAACGCCAAACUUGUGCCUCCCAAAUUACAGGCUCCCAGUAAAAGUACGGAGAAGGUCAAUAUACUGAUACCAAAACGUAAGAAGGACGACAAACUGAACACAGCUGUGAUAAAAGAUGGGAGAAAAAGAGUGACACCAACGCUGGUGUCUGUUGGGUUCUCUCCAACAAGAAACCCCGUUAAGGAGCCUUCUCACAAACCUGCAGCUAAUAACACAUUAUCUUUGAAGUCAAAAACUACUCCAUUACAAGGUAUCGAAGGUAAGAUGAGUAUAUCAUCUUUCCCGCUGCCACGUUUGGGUCUUCAUACUUUAAUAAUGGGGGUACGAGAGAGAAACAGAAGUGCAUUCCAUACAGAGGUUGAUAACACAGUUGAUGGUCAAGAAAGAGAUGAUGAUACGAUUGAAGUGGCAACCCGCGGCUUAGAAGGCCAACUGCUUGCCGAAGAAUUGGCUGUUGACGAGAUUGACGAUGAAAGCAGUAGUGAACGCGUAAUGACGCUGAACGCAAAGAACGUACCCGAAAAGGUAUGGAGCAGUGCACCAAAUGUGAGAUAUAUGGAACAACCUGACGUGGUGCCCGAUACUGAUGCUGUCCUGUACGAAAGCGGCGACAUUGACGAUUUCCAUGUACUCGAGAUUCGUAAUGGUGUCGAAAGGUCGAUACAGUUCGAUGAAGAGGCCCUUAUAGAAAAUCCUACCCGAAUACUAGGUUACCACAAGGGUAAGAGAAUUAUCGAGGCGUUCAUUCCUGAAGUGAUCAUAUGUGCUGUGUUUUCCAAAGAAUGUCUAUGCUGGUGCCUGGCGACAGCCAAUGGCUCCAUAUUUUGUCUCUCACGAACUGGGCAGUAUAAACUUCCCAAGAUUUGCCUCGGACAUAGAGUCGUCAAUCUCAUAGCACAAAACAGUCGCCUAUUGGCCUUGACAGAACGAGGCUUAUUUUACGCUUGGAACCUUUCCAGCUCAACAUUAAUGUGGAAAGCGGUUCCCAUCGCUCCCCUGAUAUUCAAAGAAUUCGUAGAGGGAUCCAGAGUGAGAGUUAGCAAGCGCGUCAAGAGUUUUUACCUCGGCCAGGACUCGAAAUCGUUGAUCGUCGAGCUGAUUCAUCCGGAUGAGAAGUAUGAAUGGCACAGCGAUUUGGGCUGCUGGUCACUGCCGCCCGAGUGA